CUGCGAAUUAGAGCGCGAAGCAUAUGAAACACAGUGAAAACCCAGAGAGAGAGAGAGAGAGAGAGAGAGAGAGAGGCCUUAACACCUCCCAAUGAUUUCUAUAACAGCCCCUCUCAUCCUCCCCUACCGUCUUCUCCCCCUCAACCGAAACCCUAGCUUCCUAAUCCGAUCCUCCUCCAGCCUCCAAGAGAGAGAGCUAAGCUCGGAGCUUUACGCUUCCGCUCCUUUCCCGCCGAUAUCGGCCGCGAAGAGGGUGGUCCUGGUGAGGCACGGCCAGAGCACUUGGAACGAAGAGGGCCGGAUCCAAGGGAGUUCCGACUUCUCUGUCCUCACUAAGAAAGGUGAGGCUCAGGCCGAGACCUCCCGACAGAUGCUCAUCGACGACUCCUUCGAUGUUUGCUUCUCCAGCCCCUUGAUACGUUCAAAAAGAACGGCUGAAAUCAUAUGGGGGCCUCGUGAGAAGGAGAUGAUUACUGAUUCUGAUUUGAGAGAAAUCGACUUGUAUUCAUUCCAAGGCCUCUUGAAGCAUGAGGGGAAAGCAAAGUAUGGUGCAGCUUUUCGUCAAUGGCAGGUAGAUGCUGCGAAUUUCAACAUAGAUGGUCAUUAUCCUGUGAGAGAGUUGUGGGCACGUGCUAGAAGCUGUUGGAAUAAUAUACUAGCCCAUGAAAGCAGGUCUGUUCUUGUGGUUGCACACAAUGCUGUUAAUCAGGCUCUCGUUGCAACAGCGAUUGGUUUGGGAACAGAGUAUUUUAGGAUUUUACUUCAGAGCAACUGUGGUGUUAGUGUGCUUGAUUUUACACCGCGGCCCGAGGGAGGGUCACCAUUUAUUUGCCUAAAUCGGUUAAAUCAGACCCCCAAUUCACCUAUUGCUACUGGAAGUUCUGGAGGCAGGAAAAGCAGUAGGCGCCUCGUACUUGUCUGUUACGGAGCCACACAAAGUAACACAGAAGCUAGUGGUGCUACUUAUGGGGAUCUGCCACUGAACAUGCUUGGAAUUAUACAGUCCCAGAAAACUGCAGAGCUACUCCUCGAUUUGAAAGUGCAUUCUAUAAUUAGCAGUCCUAAGAAAGCUUGUUCUGAGACAUCCCUGGCCAUCUCCAGAGUCCAAGAAGCUGCAGAUUGCUUGGGUGCUGACUGUGUUCCACGCUAUGUGGAGAUGAAGCAAAUGGAGCACCUUGAUGUUGAAAGCGUUCUUCAGCAACCAAAUAGGGAUGCAACCGAGGUUUCAGCUCUUGAGCCUGGUUGGUUAAAUGGAUAUGAAGAUAGAAUCACAUCAGAAGUAUGGCAUCAAUCUGAGAAGGCUUGGCAGUCUCUAUUGAGCGAACUAUCGGAUGAGUCCGAGCCAGAAAAGAUACUUGUCGUAGUUGGCCACCCAGCACUUCACAUAGCAUUGAUGGGGCAUUGCCUAAAUCUGACCAAAGAAUGGAUGGGAUCAUUUCAUGUCGACGCAGGGAGCAUCAGUGUCGUCGACUUUCCAGAUGGGCCUACCUCGAGAGGCGUUAUCCGGUGCAUAAAUUACACUGCCCAUUUGGGUAGAUGGUCGAUACCGAUCACAAGAUCCAUUAUCGAUGAUGAUGAGUUUUAACUGUAAAUAGGUCUUGAUUUAACUUGUAAAAAUUACCACCACUCCUUGCAUAUCAAUGUCAGGGUGGCUGUUAGUUAUAUCAUGACGUAUAAAAGAGAAUGAAUUUAUUAUCCAAAUUCGAAAUUUA